AUGUCAAAUCUGGAAAAAUUAACUCUAAAUAUUACUAUACGACAUCGAAAUAGAGUCGUUGAUGGUACUGAUGUUCAACACGAUAUUUUUGAUUGUAUGCCACAGCUUCAUUCAUUCACUUUCUGUAUUUGUACUUAUGUGAAAAUGGUUGAUUUAUCCUACAAGUUAACUAGUGAAGAUAUUCAACAAACAUUAACAGAUAUUGGACAACAACAUGCAGUUAGUAUGGUCAGUUAUGUUACUAAGAAGAAAGCUGCAUGCUCAAUUUUCUCACUUCCUUUCGAGUUUGAUUAUCUCGAAGAUCUUGGCAAUAAAUAUCCAAAUACUGUUUUCAGUUAUGUUACGUACUUACUUGUACGAGAUACUGUUUCAUUCGAACAUGAAUUCUUCAUGCGAAUUGCCCGAUCGUUUCCAUCACUGAAGCAUUUACGUAUUUUUAAUAUGAAAUCACAGACAUUAAAUAGUCGUAUGACAUUUUCAUCUGAUAAUAGUCAAUUAUACUCAAUUAUUGAAUAUCCACAUCUGACUACACUUGAUGUGAGGCUAGCUUGA